ACCGAGCCUGUGUGCGUCAGAUCGUCGCGGUCGCGGCUCGCGCGGCGCCCAUCUCGUGUACUCCCCACCCUACCCCCACCUCGCCGUCGCCCUCGCCCUCGCCGGAAUCCCUCGGCCUCGCGAUGGCGGCGCGCGCUACGUUCUCCCGCUUCCCCGUGACGGCGGAGGCGCUGGAGGCGUGCGCCGUGCAGUGGGGCAUCGCCGUGACGCCCUUCGCCGCCGCCGACGAGCGCGGCCAGGCGCCGGCCGCGGGCGCCGGCGGCGACCGGGUCCCGCGCUGCGAGCACUGCUGGGCCUACCUGAACAGCCACUGCGACAUGGAGCGCUGGGGCUGGUCCUGCGCCCUCUGCGGCACCCUCAACGGCUUCGACGACGACGCGCUCCGCCGCCUCCAACACCCCGAAGGGUGGCCUGAGCUCACCUCCUCCUUCGUUGACCUCGAGAUCCCAGUGGAUGGCUCGGAGGGUGCAGGAGACGGUGUGCAGGCGCGCCCUGUGUAUGUAGCGGCUGUCGAUCUUGCAUGUUCUGAAGAGUUCCUGGAGCUUAUUAAGAGUGCACUUCUGGCAGCUCUAGAAGCUCUGAUUCCAGGCUCCCUGUUUGGGCUUAUGACGUUCAGUCACAAGAUUGGACUGUAUGAUGUACAAGGUCCAAUUCCAGUUGUAAAAAAUGUUUUCAUCCCUCCAGACACAGAAGAAGAUGGGCUGCCUGUUGCCCUUGAAGAUGCCAUGCCCCUACUUUCUUUUUUGGCCCCUAUCGACACAUGCAAAGAUCGAAUUGCUGCUGCCCUUGAUACAUUGCGACCUACAUCUUCAUGGGAGCGAGGUGCUGCUUCUGGGCAGGAACCUGAUACUGUUUUGCUUGGUGGCCGAGGUUUUGGAACAGCCAUGUCUGCUCUAACUGACUACCUAAGUUCAGAGUAUGGAACUACUUUUGCUUUGGCUAGGGUAUUUGCUUUUCUGUCUGGUGCUCCUGAUUAUGGAGAUGGUCAACUAGACACUAGGAGAUAUGGUGAACAAUAUGCUAGCAAAGGGGAAGACCCUGACCUUGCAUUACUUCCUGAACAGAUACCAUUUUAUAAAGACCUGGCAGCUGUCGCUGUUCAAGCAGGAGUAUGUGUAGACAUAUUUGCUAUAACCGACGAAUACACCGAUUUGGCUUCGUUGAAGUUUUUAAGUAUUGAAAGUGGUGGCUCAUUGUUUCUGUAUACAAAUACAGACGAUUCAACACUUCCCCAGGACAUAUAUCGCUUAUUGAGUAGACCCUAUGCAUUUGGUUGUGUUCUAAGGUUGAGAACAUCUUCAGAUUUUGAACCUGGCAAUUCUUAUGGCCAUUUCUUCCCUGAUCCUCAAUAUGAACAUGUGCAACAUAUCAUCUGCUGCGAUUCAUUUGCUACUUAUGCAUAUGACUUUAACUUUUCACACCCUGAGGGCUUUUCCAGGCACACAGAUCCUGCUGUUGUACAAAUUGCAUUUCAGUAUAGUGUUAUUGAACCUGUCAAGCAUACAUCAGAGAAUGAAACACAAUCAUCUACAAGUAACAUGUUUUGUCUAAAGAGGCGGUUGAGAAUAAGGACAUUGCAGUAUCGACCAGCUAAAAAUAUCAACGAAAUAUAUGACAGUGUUGAUCCAGAGACUCUCCUACAUAUUCUAGUACAUAAGGUUAUUUUAAUUUCAUUGGAUAAAGGAGUUAAAGAGGGCAGAAGUUUGGUACAUGAUUGGCUGUCUCUCCUUAUAGCUCGGUAUAAUCAGGCAUUGAGAUCUGAUGCACGAAUUCCAGAAUCACAUGUUGAUGUUGACUUCUUACAGUGCCCACAGCUGCAAAUGUUACCUCAGCUUGUGUUUGCAUUGUUAAGGAACCCUCUUCUUCAGUUGCAUGAAGAAGGCAUUCACCCAGAUUACAGGAUAUAUUUGCAAUGCCUUUUCAGUGCCCUGGAGCCAUCUUCUCUAGCCAAAGCUAUAUACCCAGUUUUAGUUUCAUACUCGUCACCCGACAAGCAAGCAUUCCCUCGGCAUACGUUGAGCCGGGCUGCUCUAAUCAUGAGUGAGAGCCCCAUAUUUCUUCUGGAUGCAUUUACGAACCUUAUUGUUUACUAUUCACCGUCUGCUGAUCCUUCACUUCCUUUUCCUCCACCUCAUGACUGUCUUUUGAGAACCAUGGUUAAUGAGUUGAAGCAGGGCAGGUGUAUAACACCAAAGCUGACAUUUAUCCAUGGAGGACGAGAAGAUCCAGCAUUGUUUGAGAGGUAUCUUAUUGAAGAGCAAGAUGUUGACGGUACAGGGUUUACAAGUGGUAAAGGGUUUGUAUCGUUCCGUGAGAGCAUCAGGCAUGCUGCAACAGACAUCAUCGAGACAGAAAGUAGUAUCUAGUUCAAGACGUAGCACAAUUCAGCUCCAAAAUCAUGGAGUAGAUUGUAUGAAGUCAUCAUAGCCUUCAUUCCUUCAUAUAGAUAUAGCCUUGGAGCAAUAAAAGGGGAGGGGAUCUUCUGGCAUCAUAGUUGCCUGUGUGUCUGUGUCACUGUCAGUAGCUUAACUUUGUGGCAUUUCGUGUAUAUCCGGUACCUCUUUUAUUUUGUAUACUCUUUUUGUUACGGAACACAGCGAUACAAAGAAUAACACAUCAGAUUUAUACAGUAUAAGUAAAAUGAUUAAUUAUAUUGUUCAGGUUCCCA